CGAAAUCGAUACGAUAGUACGGUACCAACAAUCGCGACCACCGCCGAAUAUCGAUAACGUCAACGCAAUAACACAUCGAAGACGUAUCGUAAAAUUGCGUUUCAGAGUCACAACAGAUAAUGAGGAACGACUGGCCCGCCGUUCUAUAGUUUUCAGUUUUGACUUUUGUUGGCUGUCUGGGCACCCCAGAUAUAAAAUAGUAUUAAUAAUAAACUCAAUAAUAGGUAAUAAGUACCUAUAAAAAAAAUAAAUAAUAAGCUAUAUCCGUGCCUGGACAACCACCGCCGCCGUCCGCCGACCACCGUCGUCCAGUCGUCGAGACUCCAGAGCCGUUCGCACUUUUGCAGUGACCGUCGUCGUCGGUUUGUUUUUAUUGAAACAUAAAAGUUACCAUUUAUCAUGUCAACACCUGCCAGACGUAGACUGAUGCGAGACUUCAAAAAAUUACAAGAAGAUCCACCUGCAGGUAUCAGUGGCACACCCACUGAUAACAAUAUCAUGCUGUGGAAAGCUGUGAUAUUUGGACCACAUGAUACUCCAUUUGAAGAUGGCACAUUUAAAUUGACAAUAGAAUUUACUGAAGAAUAUCCUAACAAGCCUCCAACAGUUAGAUUUGUUUCAAAAAUGUUUCAUCCAAAUGUCUAUGCAGAUGGAGGCAUUUGUCUUGAUAUAUUACAGAAUCGCUGGAGUCCUACUUAUGAUGUAGCUGCUAUUUUGACAUCCAUUCAAUCGCUUCUUAGUGAUCCUAAUCCUAAUUCACCAGCUAAUUCUAUGGCUGCCCAAUUGUAUAAGGAGAAUCGCAGAGAGUAUGAGAAAAGAGUGAAGAUGUGUGUGGAGCAAAGUUUUAUUGAUUAGAAAGCUAAUUAUUAUUUUUAAACAUACUUUUAAAGAAAUAGCUGUCUGUGUGUUACUAGUUCUUUUAAACUUUAUGAUUGAAUUUUUACCAUGGUUAUUACUAUUAUUCCAGUGCAUUGAAAGAAUAAUUUCAUAUGAAAUUUUUUUUUUUUUUGCAUAAAUGUAUGUUUAUUGAAUUAUUUUAUUUAAUGGUAUAUAUUAUUUAAAUAUAUUGACGCAAGUGAAAUAUGAUUAUUGUAACUAAUUUAAAUGUUUUGUAAUGUUUAACUUUAUAAUCUUAAUUCAUAUUCCAAAAAAGUUUUUUUUAUUUCUAUGUAAUUUUGCAUUUUGAUUUGUAUUUUUCCCAUUUUUAUAAGUUAAUAGUUAGCUUUAUAUCAAAAUGUAUUUUUGUAUUUUUUUUUUUGCUUAUAUUAUUGUAAAAUGUAUUAUUAAUUAUUUUUUUUAUCCAUUAUAUAAUUAUUGAACACAUGACCGAGUUAUAUUAUAUUUACUAUCAUGUAAACAGUUUGAGUAGUUAUUUACUUAAAUUAAUUUAAUUAUAUUACAAAGAGUAAAAAAUAAUCAGAACUUGUUUUAUGGUAUUACAUACAUUUCAAUAAUCAAAUAUGUACUAGAGUUAAUAAAUUUAAUAUUAAAAAUAAUACUGAAAUAGCUCAUUAUAUCAUAAUAUCGUUUAUAAAUAUCUGAAAAGUUAAUGUAUUUUAAUGAAUAUUUGUAAAUUGUAAAAGUUCUUUGUUAGAAGUUUAUAUUGUAAACAAACUUAUUAACAUGAUGUAUGGUUAAAUAUCUCAAAUAUAGAACUUCACAAUGUAUAUGAUAGUUUAUAUUGUCAUGUUAGAGUCAAAUACGCUGACUAUUUACUCUGAUUUUAAUAUAUAAUUAAACAUUAGUUUAAAAUAUAAGACAUAGACACAUUUAUAAAUUGUGGGUUAAUAACUAUUGGUAGUUGUACUAUUGUACCUAUUUGUUUAAUUUAGAGUACUUAAACAUUUUGUGGUAUUAACUAUAAAUUAAAUGAAUGUAAAAAAUGUAUUAACAGCUUUAAUGCUGUAUUUUAUAAGUAAAAUUGUACAAAUUACUUUGCAGGAAUACACGUAUGUUUAUAUAUAUAUAUAUAAUAUGUACGUUUAUAUCUAUAUUGGUAAUAAAAUAUUUUUAAAAUUACUAAUUUGUAAUGAUUAGGGUCUGUAUUUGUAUGCAAAAAAUAUUGUAGAAUAUGCACAAAUUUACACAAACCGCAUUUUAUAUUUAUUUUAUGCCUGAAAAUAUUUGGAAUAUGGUAUAAAUUUUUUUUAAGAUACGAGUAUAGGUACAUGUUGUACCUAUUUUGUUGUAAUCUAUUUUUAAUUAUGUUUAAUUAAUUUAGUAUUGUACAAUAAAUAUUAAGAAGAUAA